UGCAGUACACUGAGCUCCAUAGAGACAGCGCUGGGGCAAGUGAGAGCCGGACGGGCACUGGGCGACUCUGUGCCUCGCGGAGGAAAAAUAAACACGGGCAAAGGAGAUCCUAAGAGGCCGAGAGGCAAAAUGUCAUCGUAUGCAUUCUUUGUGCAAACUUGCCGGGAGGAGCACAAGAAGAAGCACCCAGAUGCUUCAGUCAACUUCUCAGAGUUUUCUAAGAAGUGCUCAGAGAGGUGGAAGACCAUGUCUGCUAAAGAGAAAGGAAAAUUCGAAGACAUGGCAAAGGUGGACAAGGCCCGUUAUGAAAGAGAAAUGAAAACUUAUAUCCCCCCUAAAGGGGAAACAAAAAAGAAGUUCAAGGAUCCCAGUGCACCCAAGAGGCCUCUUUCGGCCUUUUUCUUGUUUUGUUCUGAGUAUCGUCCAAAAAUCAAAGGAGAACAUCCUGGCCUAUCCAUUGGUGAUGUUGCAAAGAAACUGGGAGAGAUGUGGAAUAACACUGCUGCAGAUGACAAGCAGCCUUAUGAGAAGAAGGCUGCUAAGCUGAAGGAAAAGUAUGAAAAGGAUAUUGCUGCAUACCGAGCUAAAGGGAAGCCCGAUGCAGCGAAAAAGGGAGUCGUCAAGGCUGAAAAAAGCAAGAAAAAGAAGGAAGAGGAGGAAGAUGAGGAGGAUGAAGAGGAUGAGGAGGAGGAGGAGGAGGAGGAGGAGGAGGAUGAAUAAGUUGGUUCUAGCGCAGUUUUGUUUUUUUUUCUUGUCUAUAAAGCAUUUAACCCCCCUGUACACAACUCACUCCUUUUAAAGAAAAAAAAUUGAAAUGUAAGGCUGUGUAAGAUUUGUUUUUAAACUGUACAGUGUCUUUUUUUGUAUAGUUAACACACUACCGAAUGUGUCUUUAGAUAGCCCUGUCUUGGUGGUAUUUUCAAUAGCCACUAACCUUGCCUGGUACAGUAUGGGGGUUGUAAAUUGGCAUGGAAAUUUAAAGCAGGUUCUUGUUGGUGCACAGCACAAAUUAGUUAUAUAUGGGGAUGGUAGUUUUUUUCAUCUUCCGUUGUCUCUGAUGCAGCUUAUACAAAAUAAUUGUUGUUCUGUUAACUGAAUACCACUCUGUAAUUGCAAAAGAAAAAAGAAAAAAAGUUGCAGCUGUUUUGUUGACAUUCUGAAUGCUUCUAA